ACAAAAAAAAUUGGUUUGCCAGACUAUCUUUCAUUGUUUGCUCAAGAACAAUGCUCCCUUUUACGGAUAAAUUAAUAUUAAUCUCAUAAAACAAAGGGAGAAAAAAAAAUCAAUGUACGUUUAUUGAAUUGUAAAUAGUGAAAUUAGUAGAAGAAGAAAAUAUAAAGGUGUGUAUACAAUAAGAAUAUGGGAGCAUAUAGAGCAGAUGAUGAUUAUGAUUACUUGUUUAAGGUGGUUUUGAUCGGAGACUCCGGUGUCGGAAAAUCUAAUCUUUUGUCCCGUUUUACUAAAAAUGAAUUCAGCCUCGAAUCCAAAUCCACCAUUGGCGUCGAAUUUGCUACCCGAAGUAUUCAUGUUGAUGAUAAGGUUGUCAAAGCUCAGAUUUGGGAUACUGCUGGCCAAGAAAGGUAUCGUGCCAUAACAAGUGCAUACUAUCGAGGUGCUGUUGGAGCACUACUAGUAUACGAUGUCACUCGUCAUGUUACAUUCGAAAACGUCGAGAGGUGGCUAAAGGAGCUACGUGAUCACACAGAUGCCAACAUUGUGAUCAUGCUGGUAGGAAACAAGGCAGACCUGCGUCACCUGCGAGCUGUUAUCACGGAUGACGCCACCGCAUUUGCAGAGCGUGAAAACACCUUUUUCAUGGAGACUUCCGCUCUUGAGUCUAUGAAUGUAGAGAAUGCCUUCACAGAGGUACUCACCCAGAUCUAUCGAGUUGUAAGCAGGAAGGCUCUUGACGUCGGGGAUGAUCCUGCAACUUUACCCAGAGGACAGACGAUCAAUGUUGGAUCAAGAGACGAUGUAUCAGCUGUUAAGAAGGCGGGAUGUUGCUCGUCUUAAACUACGGCAACGUGAAAUACUAUCUCAAAGAAAAAAAAUUAACUGUUUAUAGUUUAUGUGCUAAAAAUUAAACAGGACCUGUUAGCUAAAAUAUGUAGGAUAUGAUAAGAUGAAUAUGCAGUUUAAUUACCUUGUUAUAUAUAAGUUGUGAACUACUUUUUCCCCCUUUGUACUACUUUGAUAAUCAAUUGUUGCAGUUUAAUGUUCA